AUGUCGAGCAAGAGGAGGAGGCUGGAGGGAUCAGACACGAAGACAGAGAGAGAGCAGGAGAACGACAGAAAUGAAGCAGGAAGGGAAACCAAACGAAUACGAAGGAAGCUAUGCGAGCACGGGCGGGUCCGAUCGAGAUGCAAGGGAUGCGGGGGCAGCAGCAUAUGCGAGCACGGGCGGCAGCGAUCGAGAUGCAAGGACUGCGGGGGCAGGUGCAUAUGCGAGCACGGGCGGCAGCGAUCGAGAUGCAAGGAGUGCGGGGGAGGGAGCAUAUGUCAGCACGGGCGGGUCCGAUCGAGAUGCAAGGGAUGCGGGGGCAGGAGCAUAUGCGAGCACGGGCGGGUGCGAUCGGUCUGCAAGGAGUGCGGGGGCAGCAGCAUAUGCGAGCACGGGCGGCAGCGAUCGGUCUGCAAGGGAUGCGGGGGAGGGAGCAUAUGCGAGCACGGGCGGGUCCGAUCGAGAUGCAAGGGAUGCGGGGGCAGCAGCAUAUGCGAGCACGGGCGGGUCCGAUGGAGAUGCAAGGGCUGCGGGGGCAGGAGCAUAUGCGAGCACGGGCGGGUCCGAUCGCAAUGCAAGGAGUGCGGGGGCAGCAGCAUAUGCGAGCACGGGCGGGUCCGAUCGAGAUGCAAGGAGUGCGGGGGCAGCAGCAUAUGCGAGCACGGGCGGGUGAGAUCGAGAUGCAAGGGAUGCGGGGGAGGGAGCAUAUGCGAGCACGGGCGGCGGCGAUCGGUAUGCAAGGAGUGCGGGGGAGGGAGCAUAUGCGAGCACGGGCGGGUCCGAUCGGUCUGCAAGGAGUGCGGGGGCAGCAGCAUAUGCGAGCACGGGCGGCAGCGAUCGGUCUGCAAGGGAUGCGGGGGCAGGAGCAUAUGCGAGCACGGGCAGGUCCGAUCGGGCUGCAAGGAGUGCGGGGGCAGCGGCAUAUGCGAGCACGGGCGGCAGCGAUCGAAAUGCAAGGGAUGCGGGGGCAGCAGCAUAUGCGAGCACGGGCAGGUCCGAUUGAGAUGCAAGGGAUGCGGGGGCGGCAGCAUAUGCGAGCACGGGCAGGUCCGAUCGCAAUGCAAGGGAUGCAGGGGCAGGAGCAUAUGCGAGCACGGACGGCAGCGAUCGGGCUGCAAGGGAUGCGGGGGAGGGAGCAGCAGGUACAACUGGCAGGCAGGGGAGUAG